AUGCCGGAACGAAAUGGUUAUAUUCGCAGGCUUCCUGUGAGUGUGUUUGGCGUGUGCCUGGGCACGGCUGGACAGGUACCGAUGUGGAAUAGCCUUGCGAAUAGCAAGGCAAUGAAGUGCUUCGACAUACCGCAGGUAGUUGCACAAGUGUUCUGGGUGAUAGCCGUUGUCCUGCUGACCAUUCUGGCGGCGCUCUAUUGCUGGAAGAUUGUGCUGCACCCACGCUCAGUGCGCACGGAGUUCCACUGCUACUACCAGAGUAACUUCUUCACACUGCCGUUCCUUUGCCUGAUCAUCCUGUCAGCAUCAUUGCCACCGGCAUGGUUUGCGGGCGAGCCAUCACCGCUGCUUCUACUGCUGCUAGUGCCGCUGGUAGCCAUUCAUGUCUACCUGUAUGGCGAAUGGAUGUAUGGAGUCAAUCGGUCGCUGCGACUGGCAAACCCUGCGUUUCAGCUGGCGGUUGUGGGCAACUUCUUCGGCUCCCUGCUGGCAUCGAAUGCCGGUCAGAGUGAGCUGGCCAUCGGUCUGUUCACGGUUGGCAUUAUGUACCUGUCUCUCACGCUGGCGUGUCUGCAUGCGGCCAACACGCGUAUAAAACGCGACUGUACCGGCGCUAUCCUGCAGGAGCAGACGAGACGUCGCCUGGUCAAACUGGACGAGGACCUGCACCCUCUGCUUGAGAGCACACCGGGCCGAGUGCAGCACAACCCAUGGUCACCAAUGUCGGAGAUCUGGGCUCUGCCACCGGGCCUGCACCCGACGAUAUUCCUGUGCCUUGCACCACCGUCCGUGGCAGCACUGGCCUGGGCAAACAUAAACGACGGAGUAUGUGACAGGCUGUGUAAAUCCCUGGUCAGCAUUCCCAUCUUCUUCCUGCUCACGAUGUCCAUCCACCUGCAUCGGUUCUUCCGACGCACGCCCUUCUCCCUGGCCUCGUGGGCGUUCACGUUUCCCUCGGCGGCACUCGGAACGGCCAGUAUCAAGUACGCCGAGUAUGCCUCUCCCGGGUUUUCAUACUUGUCGUUCGCGCUGUGCUGUGUAGCGAUAACGUUCUGGACAAUGGCAACUCUGCUCAGUCUCUACAUGCUCGGUACACGCGGUCUCACGGCAUUCCUGUCACCCGGAUCGGAGAAGACAAGCGACGUACAUUUCCUGGUGGGCGGUGCGGCGGCACGACUGCAAUGCGAAGAGGGCAGUUUGGAGGUGGACAGGUCAGUGGUACACCGUGUACACGAUGUUGAGCAGAUCGGGCAAUGUGGCGCUCCGUUCCUCGAUCCACGAGACAAAACCCAUCAAGCAUGUGAAACGUCCAUAUAA